ACGCAGGGGAGGGAAUCCCAGCAGGUUUGGUUGCGCGGUAGCGAAGGCCUCCAUUUUGUCGAAGUUUUCUCGCGUCCCCGAGUUUGUCCCCACCGUUCAGCCCCACGCCCAGACCGACCCUCCGGUAGUCGAGCGCGGCAGACCCCAGAGGAGCACCAGCCGCCCUUGCGUUGGCGGCGGAUGUACCGGCGGCCGGAGGUCGAGGAGAGGAGGAGGAGGCGACGACCGCCGCUUCGUUGAUCUAUGGCCACAGCUGUAAACCCAGUUGUAGAAAUGGCUUCAGAGAUUGGAGGACCUCUGGGCGUGUCUGCGGCUGGGAAUGCUGGAGCAACAACACAGCCUCCGUCUGGUGGCGGCAUCAUGUCUCGGGCACCCAAGAGACGCCCGGGGCUGGAUUUCGAUGAUGAUGACGAUGGUGAAGGAAGCAGCAAGUUCCCCAGGUGCGAUGAUGAUCAAGGGCCCAAUGACAAAGAGAGAUUUGCAAGGGAAAACCACAGUGAGAUCGAACGACGCCGGCGGAACAAGAUGACGGCGUACAUCACGGAGCUAUCAGACAUGGUGCCCACCUGCAGCGCCCUGGCCCGUAAGCCAGACAAGCUGACGAUCCUGCGCAUGGCCGUGUCCCACAUGAAGUCGCUGCGGGGAACAGGCAACACCUCAGUCGAUGGCACUUACAAACCCUCCUUCCUCACGGACCAGGAGCUGAAACACCUGAUCCUGGAAGCAGCGGAUGGAUUCCUCUUCGUGGUGGCGUGCGAGACAGGAAAGAUAAUCUACGUGUCAGACUCGGUCACCCCAGUCCUCAAUCAGCCUCAGUCAGAGUGGUUCGGCAACACCCUGUACAGCCAGGUCCACCCGGAUGACGUGGAGAAGCUGCGGGAACAGCUCUCCACCAAUGAGAAUGCGAUGACAGGUCGAAUUUUGGAUCUGAAAACUGGCACUGUGAAGAAGGAAGGCCAGCAGUCCUCCAUGAGGAUGUGUAUGGGCUCUCGCCGUUCGUUCAUCUGCAGAGUCAGAUGUGGAAAUGCCAGUGUGGAUUCUGGGUCCAUGAGUAGGCUUACCUACCUGAGGAACCGAUACAGGAAUGGGCUGGGACCUGUGAAGGAAGGGGACCCUCAGUAUGUUGUGGUACAUUGUACAGGUUACAUCAAGGCUUGGCCUCCGGCAGGUGUGACGUUACCAGACGAUGAACCAGACGGGGGACAGGGAAACAAGUUCUGUCUGGUGGCUAUUGGCCGACUACAGGUUACCAGCUCGCCCAGCUGCAUAGACAUGAAAGGUAACAGCCUCCCCACCGAGUUCCUAUCCCGGCACAGUCCCAACGGCGCCUUCACAUUCGUCGACCACCGCUGUCUGGGAACCAUUGGCUACCAGCCCCAGGAGUUGCUUGGGAAAGAUAUUGUGGAAUUUGCCCAUCCUGAAGAUAAAGGGCUUCUGCGAGACAGUUUUCAGCAGGUGAUCUCACUGAAGGGGCAGGUGCUGUCGGUCAUGUUCCGGUUCCAGACCAAGAGCCGUGAGUGGGUGGUGAUCAGGACGAGCUGUUUCACCUUCCAGAACCCGUACUCCGAUGACAUCGAGUACAUUGUCUGCACGAACACCAAUGUCAAGCAUUUGCAGCAGACGCCUGCCCUUUCAGGACAAGAAGAGCUUGCCUAUGAUCACUCACAGGUUGGUGUGCAGACUCCUGCUACAGAACACACAAAGCCCAUCAGCAAAACGGAGCCGCUGUACAGCAGGGAGACGGACACUCGAUAUGCUGAGAUCUACUCUGGCAUCGCCUCAGCUGACCAGAACAAGGCAAUGUCAUCCACCCCAGCGGCUGCAAACCAGCAGAUCUACCAACAGGGUUCCUCCUUCCCAUCAAACCGUCCAGCGCAGAACUUCAGCAGCGCUGGACUCACUCCCUCCGUGAACGUGGUGCCACAGCCAGCCUCAGCGGGACAGAUCCUGGCCCAGAUCUCUCGGCAGUCGGCCAGCAGCCAGGUCACUGGCAACGCCUGGAGUGGAAACCGACCUCCGUUUCCAGCACAGCAGAUGGGAGCGCAGGGAGCCAAGACUCAGUCGCCUCCAUUUGGAAUGGGUGCUGGUCAUAACUUUACAGCCAACACUGCUUCCUUCAGCCCCCUGGCCAGUCCUGUGGCCACAUCGUCAGCUGGGGGUACUGCCUACCCAUCUCUCACCAGCCGCACCCCUGGUUUCGCUGAGACCGGGCAGACAAGCACACAGUUCCAGGGCCGACCUGCAGAGGGAGCCUCAGUGUGGCCACAGUGGCAGGGGCAGCAUCAUGCACAGACAUCUGCAGAGCAGCACCAGACUCAAAGCCAGCCCGAGGUCUUUCAGGAUAUGCUGUCCAUCUACGAAGAACAAGGCACCACUUACAACAGCGACGAGUUCUCCGAGCUCCCCAUGUUCCCACCGUUCUCGGAGUAGUCCCAAACAACCAGAGGGGGAAGUCAGUCUCGUCUGUUUUGUUUUCUUCUCGCUCAGCACACCCACUCUCUGCCCAUCUCAACAAAAGUGUUGUGUGCGCGCGUGUGUAACUGUGUGCUCGAAAGUACCUCGGUAAAAUUCUACCUGCCCUGGACUCUGGGCGAUUCGUCGUCAGUGUUGAGCUGUCAUAACUGCUCCCCUUUGUGCUUUUGUGGACUUUUCGCUCUGAACAGGGAGAAACAUCUUGGGAGAAGUCCUAGGGUCUGUCUCUGCCCACGGUCCCACAGAGAUGGUGUAUCUCCCACCAUCUUCAGCCCAAUGGCUGGUGCCAUUUGCACAAUGCCUCCUUAAUCUCCAGUUGUUGCAGUGGGUGAGAGCUUGCUUAGCCACUGAGGGCAGUCAACUCACUGGGCUAAAUGGCCUAUUUCUGCUCCUAUGUAAAUGCAAACAGACUUGUUCCACUGAAGUUGUCUGAGACUACAACCAGAGGUCAUGGGUUAAGGGUGAAAGUGAAAUGUUUAAGGGCAACACUUCACUCAUAGGGUGGUGAGAGUGUGGAUUGAACUGCCAGUGGAGUAGUGGAUGUGGGUUCAAUUUCAACAUUCAAAAGAAAUGGAUGAAAGGGAUAUGAAGGUGCAAGCGAUGUACUAGAUGGCCAAAAGGGCCUGUUUCUGUGCUGUAUGACUCAGUCUUAUUGUCCACUUUUGCCCCAGGACUCUUGAAGCAUGGAAGAUCCAGAGGUAUUUACAAGGGGUCCUCACACUCUACACCAGCAGGUUUGAGUUCCAUCUGGUUAAAGCCCAUCAGUUUGACAUCCGAUGGAGAUAUUCUCCACUGUCUCACUGCUCCCCAGACCACCCCUCCCCCGCCCGGCAGCCCCACAAGGGAACUGUGGGGGUGGGGGGGGCAUUGCAGUUGUACAGUAGGUAGAACCUCACCACCGAGGACCCAGGUUCGAUCCUGACUCCUGCCUGUGGAGUUUGCACUCUCUCUCUCUCUCUCCCUCUCCCUCCCUGGGACCAUGCCAGUGCUCGUUUCCUCCCGCAUCCCAGGUCAAUUGGAACCCAAGUGUGUGAGUUACAAUAAGAUCUCGGUUUGGAGGUGGGAGUGCAAGUGAAUCAGCACAGAUUCAAUGGGCUGAAGGGCCUACUGUGACUGGAGGGCCUUGUAUGGUGGGUGUUCAACAAGAUCCACUCACCUCUCCUCUCUGUAUAACAUCCACAGGAUGCACAAUAGCCCACUGAAGUUCUGAUGCCAGUUGCACCCAGGCAGGAACACACAAUAUAGCCCAGGAGAGCACACUACAGGUCUUCGGCACACCGUUUAUAACCUUCUCCAAGAUCAAUCUGACCCUUCCUUCCCAUGAGCCCCUCCAUUUUUCUAUCAAUCCUGUGCCUAUCUUAGAGUCCCCUAAAUGCCCCAAUGCAUCUGCCUCUACCGCCUCCCCUGGCAGGACGCUCCACACACCCAUUCUGUGUAUUUAUAUUUGUUAAAAAUCCUACCUCUGACAUCCCUCCUAUACUUUCCUCCAGUCAUGUUAAAACUCUGCUCCCUGGUAUUAGCAAUUUCUGCCCUGGGAAGAACCUCUGGCUAUCCACUCGAGCUAUGUCUCAUUGCAGAAGGAAGGAAACAGUGACUAACCCCAGCCAGGCGCGUUGGUGGGUUCGCUGUUAGACAUCGAGUCAGAUCCCAAACUUGUGACCAGCAAACAGCAUCCAUUGGCCCCACCUACCUGAGGGGUGAGUGGUAAACGCUACCACCCCACGUCCCGAUGGAUUUGCGUUCAGAGAUAGUCCUGUGCUUUUCAGGUUGAGAAGUGGUGGGCUGACGUCUGAAGGGUUCUCAUGAGCCAUAAGGAUCUGUAGGUCAUGCCAGGAUUCCCUCAGGUAGCUGGAAGUGGGUACGAUAAUACAUUGCUGGCAUCAGUACGUCUUUACCACAACCCUCUGCUUCCCCUGCUCACCUUUGCCCGCCUGCUUCACAGGUAAUCUACAGUUCAGGCAGGCCGCAUGAAUCAACUCCCCAGCUCCCGCUGCACUGAAGGCGAGAUGGUGUGGGUGCCUGUGAAUCUUGCACAGAAUUGAAAGAAGUUUUUUUUAAACACGAGAUUCUGCAGAUGCUGAGCAACACACACAAGAUACUGGAGGAACUCAGUCAGGCAGCGUCAAUGGACAAGAAUAAAUAGUCACCAUUUAUGGAUGUUGGCUUACCUGCUGAGUUCUUCCAGCACUUUGUGUGUGUCGAGAGACACUUUUGUUUGACAGGGUGGAAGGGGGUUACGACUUCCCAAAUUCUCAAACAUUAUGAUUUGUUUCCUAAUUCUUCACCAUAUGUGAUUGCCAGCAUUUAUUGUCUCUCCCUGCUUGCCCCUAAAGCCUGAUUUAUACUUCUGCCUUAACUCGACGCCGUAACCAACGCAAGUGGCCUGUGCGCGUUGUGAGCAUUUAUACUUGUGCGUUGGUGUGUCUGUGUUGCUCUGCAAUUCGUGCAUGUCACGCAUGCGCACACACCUGCCCACGCAAGGCUUCAUGGUCAUGGUAGUCUUUCUCGGGGUAAAAAAGAAGCAAGCGUCUUCUUUCGUAAAAGCGAAAUGUGUCCUCCUUAAUUUUGGAGGUCUGUAAAGCUUUAUGGAAAGCAAUGCAGCCAGAGUUCCUUCCCUGCCCUUCAGUCGCCCAAUGGGAAGCUAUUGCAGCGUAGGAUGAAAUGUGAUGCUACCAAGCGGACCAAUCACAGCUGUUGUGUUCUGCAUUGCCGCGAUGCGUGGUUACAUUUUGGGGGAGGUGCGCAUCGCAGCAAUGCAGGCUCUCACUUUGCGGCGACGCGUUGACACAGAGGUAUAAAUCAGGCUUAAGAUUGGCCACAUGGAUGGCUUUGUACUCAUUUGGGGCUCACAGAACUCCCUCAAUCAGCAUUUCACAGUUCCUGAAAUACCAAAUUUUCAUUGAAGCACCAAUAAUCCACUCUCCACAUUGUGCAGGUGAUUUGCUAUCUGGCUUACUGAAGCCAGAGACUCACCUAGUUUGGUUUCCCACACUCUCUUCAGACUUUGAGACCUUGUUUCUUGCAUUCCCAGUACAAUGGAAAUUUCAUUUACAGUGAAUCAGAAUCAGGUUUAUUAUCAUUGACAUAUGUUGUAAAAUUUGUUGUUUUGCAACUGCAGUACAGAUCAAUCAAUACCCAAGUUUAAAAAAAUUUUUUAACACAAGAUUCUGUAGAUACUGGAAAUCCAGAGUAACAUACAAGAUGCCGGAGGAAUUCAGCAGGUUAGGCAGCAUCUUUGGCAGGGAAUAAACAGUUGAUGUUUCAGGCCAAGAACUUUCAUCAGGACCCUGAAAGUCACAAUAAGAUAUAUAUAUUCAUAUUCAAUAAAAAACAAAAUAAUGACAUUGUGUUCAUUGUCCUUUCAGAAAUCUAAUGGUGGAGGGGGACGAAGCUCCUUUUAAACUAUUCUCAGGCUCCUGUACCACCUCUUUAAAGGAGGUAAUGAGAAGUGCAACAUCCUUUAUCUUAAAAAUAAUUAGACUGUUGGAAGAGAAAUAACAUCCAACAAGACCAAAACUUUGCUGAUCCAACACCACCAAAACCCCUCGCGUUUCAGAGUACCAGAGUUCUGCUACAUUUCAUCAGGUGAAUGGAAUUAAAUUCCCCAGGUGUGCUGGAGGGGUUUGAACCGACGUCACCAGAUGAGUAGAUCAGAAUUCUGGUUUCUGGUCCAGUGGUUUAGCUACUGCACCACCAAACCACACAGAAACUCAGCCUGCUCCCUUGUGGGUUCGAGAAGGUGACAUCCAUCAUUACGACCCUCAUCACCCAGGGCAUGUUCUCUUCUCAUUGCUACUAUUAAGGAGACACAGGAGCCUGAAAUCACGCUUAAUGUUUCAGAUACAGCUUCUUCCACUCUGCCAUCAGAUUUCUGGAUGGGUAAUGAAUACGUGAACAUUCACUAUUUUUCCCUCUCUUUUUGCACUAUAUCAGAUGUCAAAAAGAUGUAGUGCUAAAUGUAAUUUAUAGUUUUUUAUUAUGCAUUGCAUUGUACUGCUGCCGCAAAUACCAGUGAUAUUAAAGCUGAUUCUGAAAUGAGGCCACGCACCUCUUAACUGAAGGAUUCCGAAGCCGGGUAGCUGGGUUUUAUUUUGUUUCAACCUUCGUGCGAUACAGAACCUGUUCAAUAGUUUUUAAUCACAAAAUGUAAUUCUGCAUAGGUGGCAUGUUCACUUCUAUACCAGCCUUGAGAGUUUUCAUAUGUUUGCAGUUCAACAGUGUUUUCCCUUGGGUGUGUGUAUGUAUAUGUAUGUGUGUUAUUUUUUUAAUGUUGUAACAUAGAUCUAUAUUGAACUCGUGAAUAGCCCAGAAGUUGAUUGACCCAGUCUUUCUUUAAUCCCUUUUUAAAAAAAAAUCAUUGUAAUUCACUUUUUUUUCGGGCUGUUUUGUAAAUAAGUAUUGGUUGGGUGGGAGGGAAAUAGGAAAUGGGGACAUUUUAAGUAACUUUUUAUGAAAAUUGUACAUAUAUAUAUGUGUGAUAUAUAUAGUUUUAAUGUGACGCGGUAUUGGUCAUAGCAGCCGAGGAGGAAAUGGUUGUGUGUUUUGUUGAGGUGGUGAUGCGAUUUUGGUGCAGCCACUGUGCGCACCCAGUGACUAGUUAAAUAAAUUCACUCUGAUAGGGUGUCACGGCUGCUGUGGUAAGAGGGCUGUAAUUCAGGGCUGGUGCCCAGGAGCAGUGCUAGACUGAGUGCCCUAAAUUGGCCCGACAGAGUCCGCUGUCUCUCCCUUUCCUCCCUGGGUAGCACCACGCACUGUUGAGAUGUGUGCUGUCCAUCUCUGGAGUGUGCACUAGUCACUGGUGCCAUUUCCUUCCACCAGCAUCAGCAGGGUCCCUUAUCCCUCACCACCCUUCCUCUAAUGUCCCCAGCACUGGGAUUUUUGGUAGCUGUCAGUUCCGAAGUUCACAGGACUGAACUGGGGCUUAUGGACCAUCUCCCCUUCAGUUUUAAUCUUGCUGGUAAACAUUGUCAAGGAAACAUCUACGUUUAAACCCUCACAGCAAAUCUGCCUCUUAAUUAUGAUUCAGGUCAGAACAGCACACAUAUUCCUUUGGUAAAUUUUGUCAGCAGACUUUCUGUGUUUAAACCCUCACUGUGAAUCUGUUCCUGAAUUACAGCUCAAAUCAGGACAGCAUACAAAUACUUUCAUACAAUAGUGGUGUUUCUCAACGAAGUCUGUUUAUUUGGGCCCUGUUAUAGUAUACACAGAGACUACACGAUCCAGCAGUUCACGUCCCAGUGCAGAUUUCACAAACUCAUUACUACUUCAUGUUGGAUCUUGCAGGGGUUGCUUCUAACACCCUGGCAAAUGGCACUUUGCUUCCUUUACUAGACACUAGUUUCCGCUAUUCCCCUUACAGUCAGCGAUUCUUGUCCUUCUGACCUGAAUCGGGUGACCAGACACCAGUUUCUGCUGGUCUCCCUGCAGUCAGUGAUCUGAAUUACCAUGUUGUCCUUCUGUCCUGACGCAAGUAAUCUCAUCAUCUGUCAUCCUGCACCCAAGCUCUAUUCUAAAUGUCAUCGCCAAUUAACGGGACUCUGAAAACCUGCACUCAUUCCUCCGUCACACUAUUCACUUUUGCACAAGGAGAACAGCCUGGCCCCCUGUCACCAGACUGUUCUAAAGUUAGAACAAAGAAAUGCCAUUUUUAUACAGAAAUUGACUAGUUGGAUACUGAUGUUGACCAAUUGGUAACCUUGUUCAAAUUCCUUCUUUGCAUAAUUAAUCACCAAUCACACAACAGUAGUACAGGUUUUAAUAGCCAGUAGAAUCUACUUGCUUGUCAUUCAACUACAUGAAAGUCUAUGAAUACAGCCAAACAAAACAGUAUUACUGGGGCAAAACAGAGUACCAACAGUCAUACACAGCACAAGGCAUGUACAGCACAUAUAAGAUAGCAGUAAACAGAGUCACAUUAAAAAAGCCAAUAAUUAUUGAAGGCCAGUAAUACUUCAGAAUUAAAGUAAGUGUCACUUGAGAACCCUUCGUUUACAUCUUUGUCGUGGAAUGUGAAAUGGACUCCCACGUUGCAAAGGAAAACUAUGCUUUCCAGAGACCUUUAUCACCUGGGUUGACUGCACACAGUCUGACGAUGCUUGCCUGGACAUUGUUAGCCCUUCCCUUGUCAUGACGUCCACACAACUUCCAUCUGCCCAUCUCUGCUCCAGAAACUUGCGUCUUGCUAUCCAAACACUUCCCUGCUCUUGGUGCAGACCUGUUUCUUCUAAGUGACCUUUAAGCCACCUCCGCUAUUGCUCGAUUUCUUCAUAUCUCUCUCUAAUUUGUACAGCACUUACAUUGAGCCCAUUACAAAUUUAAGAAUUUUCGGAUUUAUUUAUCACACGUAAAACAACUACAGAAGUCAAAGAUCUGAAAUCGCAACAGCAGAUGCUGGAAAUACUUGGUGGAUUAGGCAGCAUCUAUGGAGAGAGAGAAAUAGUACAUGUUCUGAUAAAAGGUCAUCAUCCCAAAACAACUGUGGCUGCUGCCUAACCUACUGUUGGUUCAGGAAUAAGAUUGGGAUUUGCCAGCACAGUGAGAAUGGCUAUUUUAGUUCUAGAGCAUUUGAACAGUACAGGCCCUUCCUCUUGUCUCAGCCCGGGGAAGGGGCUUUUUCCUGUCUACACUAUCUGGACCCAUGAGCUAUGUCGACCUUUUAACCUAUUCUAGGGUCAAUCGAACUGCUCCCUCCAUUUUUCUUUCAUCCACUUGCCUAUCUGAGAGUCUUAAAUGUCCCUAAUAUAUCUUCCUCUACACAUCCACCACUCUGUAAAAAAAAAUAUAUAUAUAUAUUUUAAAAAAAGCAACAACUACCUCUGACAUUUCCCCUUUAAUUUCUUACAAUCACCUUAAAGUUCUGCUGACUUGGAUUAGCCACUGCUGCCCUGGCAAGAAGAGUUGGUUAUUCACUAUCAAUGCCUCAUCAUCCUGUACACCUCUCAUUUGCCUCUCCAAAGGGAAAAGCCCCAGCUUCCUCAACCUAUCAUCAUAAGACAUGCUCUGUAAUCCAGGCAGCAUCCUGGUAAAUCUCCUGUGCACCCUCUAUAAAGCUGUCACAUCCAUCCUGUAAUGAGGUGACCAGAACUGAACACAACACUUUAAGUGUGGUUGAACCAGGGUGUCAUAGAGCUGCAACAUUACCUCAUGCUUGUGAACUCAAUCUCCCAGCUAAUGAAGACCAACACACCACACUUCUUAGCCACCCUAUCGGCUUUGAGUGAUCUAUGGACUUGGAGGCUGUGACAAUCCAGAGGACACCCUCCCAAACACCUUGCCUUGCGAUUAGUGAGUCUAGUAUUACUACUCCACUGCAGAACCACCUCUUUUUAAUUUGUGUUUUAAGCCUGGCGAGUUUACACUCGAAAGUGAGGGUGUGUCUAUAGUAUUCUCCCGUGGAUGGUCAGUGGGACUGUUGGAUGCCCAUGCAUUGUAGAGACAGACUGGUUGAGUUUAAAAGCUGGGUUUUUUUUGAUUUUACUGUUCUAACCUUUUCUUCCUUAUGACCCUCAGUGUCUCCUGUACAUGGUUUUAUUCCACUUAUUUAUUCAGAUUAAUACAUUAUUAAUCUUUUCAUUACAUUAUUAAUAAAGAGGAAAGAGAAUCAAUUUUUUGUGUGUCACUG